AUGCCUGUUGAAGAACUUGAGGACCGUGUGAUCAUUACUGAUCCAACUGACCCAACUAACAGAGCAACCAUUUUGAAAUUUGGUGCUACUGUUGUUUCUUGGAAAAAUAAUAAUGAAGAGAAAUUAUGGUUAUCAGAAGGUGCACAUUUAGAUGGAAGUAAAGCUGUUAGAGGAGGGAUUCCAUUAGUUUUCCCAGUUUUCGGUAAACAAAAAGAUUCAACUCAUCCAACUUUCAAAUUACCUCAACAUGGAUUUGCCCGUAACUCUACUUGGGAAUUUUUGGGACAAACUCAAGAAAGUCCUAUUACGGUUCAAUUUGGAUUAGGUCCAGAAAAUGUCGAUCCAGAAACUUUAAAAUUAUGGAAUUAUGAUUUCACUUUGAUUUUAACUGUUAGUUUGACUAAAGACAAUUUGGUUACUUCAAUUGAUAUAGAAAACACUGGUAAGGAAGCAUUUGAAUUCAAUUGGUUGUUCCAUACAUAUUAUAGAAUUCAUGACAUUACUGAUACAUUGGUUACCAAUUUGAUUGAUCAACAAUGUUACGAUCAAUUGAUUGGUGAAUCAUAUAUUGAAAAGGCACCCGUUAUCAGUUUCCAUGAAGAAUUUGAUAGAAUUUAUUCAAAAGUCAAUUUAGAAAAAUCCAUUCAAAUUGUCGAUAAAGGAAAAGUUCUUUUCAAUCUUCAUAGAAAAAACUUGCCUGAUUCUGUGGUAUGGAAUCCAUGGACUAAGAAAGCUGAAGGUAUGGCUGAUUUCCAACCAAAAUCUGGGUUCCAUCAAAUGGUUUGUGUUGAACCAGGUCAUGUUGACUCAAUGAUUUCUUUACCAGCUGGUGGGAAAUGGUCAGGUGGCCAAGAAAUCACUAUUGGCGGAGACAUUAAAGUUCAAGCUAAUAUAUAUUAG